CAGCAGUGAUACUUCCUGGUUUGUUUUCCGAGCUGAAGUGGAACCAAACGCCCAAAUAUCAUGAUGCAUCUAUCUAGGGUGGGAAUUUACAUGAAGAGGAGAAAGCGGGGCUGCUCUCAAGCCUGAACACUUCUGUCUUCCUCCAUCUGGACAUCGCUGUCUCUGCCUUUUCAGAUCGCCGCUCAUCCCCUCUCCCUCGCCAACAUGCUGUGUUGGGGUAAUGCAAAAGAAGGACAGUUGGGUAUCGGUGUGGAGAGGAACCCCAUGUUUGAGCCCAGGAGCUGUCAGGUGUUCAGUGGCAGGGGACUGAUAGAGGUAGCGUGUGGAGGACAACACUCAAUGUUCCUGCUGUAUGACGGCAGUGUGUACACAUGUGGCUCUAACAGCUGUGGGCAGCUGGGCCAUGACAAACCAGGGACUUCCCCAGAGUUAGUAGGAGCUCUGGACACUCAGAAGAUAACAAUGGUGUCGUGUGGUCAGGCCCACUCUAUGGCGGUGAAUGAGCAGGGCCAGGUGUUUGCCUGGGGAGCUGGUGAAGGCGGCCAGCUUGGUCUGGGGACUGCAGAGGCGGCCGUUCGAAUCCCAAGGUUGGUCAAAAGGCUGUGCGACCACCGCAUCUCUCAAGUCAUGUGUGGGAAUCAACACUGCAUUGCACUUUCCAGAGAUGGCCAGCUGUUCACAUGGGGCCAGAACACCAGCGGUCAGCUCGGUCUGGGGAAAGGAGAGCCCAGCAAGCUGUUCCCUCAUCCACUGAAGUCUCUGGCGGGAAUUCCCUUGGCACAGAUCACAGCUGGAGGAGAUCACAGCUUUGCACUUUCUUUGUCGGGAGCUGUGUUCGGUUGGGGAAAGAACAGAGCGGGACAGCUGGGUCUCAAUGAUAAACAAGAUCGCGCUGUCCCUUGCCACAUUAAAUUUUUGAGAUCUCAAAAAGUUGUUUACAUCAGCUGCGGAGAUGAACAUACAGCGGCACUCACAAAGGAUGGUGGUUUGUUCACAUUUGGUGAUGGCUCGUGGGGUCAGUUGGGGCACGCCUCCACCAAUAAUGAACUUUUACCCAGACGAGUGCUGGAGCUCAUGGGCACUGAGGUGUCCCAGAUCACCUGUGGCAGGCACCACACGUUGGCAUUCGUGCCUUCCUCUGGUAUGGUGUACGCAUUUGGUUGUAACAGCCAUGGCCAGCUGGGUACAGGAGUACUGGGAGAUGCCAGAAGCCCGUCUCCUGCCAAGACCAGUAUUCUAACUGGUAAUUCAAAUAAAACAGAAUUGAAACAAUGUACAGUGACCAAAAUCAUCUGUGGAGGAGAUCAUAGUUUCUUAUUGUACUCUAAUGAGCAGAGUUCAACCCCCCCAGAAGACUUCAGAGUGAUUAAUAUCAGUAAAACUCUUUCUCCAAUUAAUUAUGAAAGACUAAAUUCGUGGAGGUUAAAGCUGAUGUAUACCACAGAUUCUAGUGUCAAAAAUGAGAUCAUAAUCCAACUCUCCUCUACGGCUUGCUGGAACGCCAGCUUCUUGGACCAAAGCGAUGACGCCCACUUCAAAACCAACCCAAAGAUCCCAGGAAUCGAUCUCAACUCUGUCAGAACGCUAUUUGAUACACUCAGUGAACCAGCCUUCUCUGGACUUCUGGAGCAGGCCAGCAAGAGUUUUGAGAGUCUGUUGAUCCCUCAGCUUCCCCGAUCUCCUCCUGAUGUCGAGGCCAUGAGGAUCUACCUCAUCUUGUCUGAGUACCCGGCUCUGCAGGACUCCAAGAACUACAUUCGCCUCACCAUUCCCCUGGCAAUGGCCAUCCUCCGGCUAGACGCCAACCCCAGCAAAGUAUUGGAUAACUGGUGGGGCUUAGUGGACGGCAGUGUGUUUAUCAGAAUGGUCGACAUGUACAAGAGCAUCGUUGUGUUCAUGCUAAUGGCUGGCAAGACCCUGCUGGUACCUGUGUUCUACGAGAACUAUUUUCUCGCCACGCUAAGGCUGCUGGAGAAACUCCACAAGGUCAACUUAAAGGCCCACCAUGUGGAGUACAACCGCUUUUAUAUCCCUGACAUCACCAGCCUGGUGGACAUCCAGGAAGACUACCUCAAGUGGUUUCUGAGUAAAGCUGAAAUUAAAAUGGGAUCGUCUCCUACGCAGAGUGACUUCCCUCCAGUGAACCUAUGUGCCUACCCGUUCAUACUGAACGCUCAAGCCAAGACAACCAUGCUGCAAACAGACGCUGAACUGCAAAUGCAGAUGGCAGUAAGCGGUGCAAACCUACACAAUGUCUUAAUGCUACUGACACUGGAGCCCCACCUCGCUAGGAAUCCUUACCUGGUGCUCCACGUGCGCAGGAACCAUUUAGUCAGCGACACGUUACGAGAGCUCACCAUGUACUCUGAUGUGGACCUCAAGAAACCGCUCAAGGUGAUCUUUGAUGGAGAGGAGGCUGUAGACGCAGGCGGAGUAACAAAGGAGUUCUUCCUGCUGCUGUUAAAGGAGCUGAUGGAUCCUGUAUAUGGGAUGUUCACUCAUUAUAAAGACUCCAACCUUCUGUGGUUCUCAGAUAAAUGUUUUGUGGAGCACAACUGGUUUCACCUGAUCGGGAUCAUCUGCGGUCUGGCCAUCUAUAAUUCCACAGUGGUGGACCUCCAUUUCCCGCUGGCUCUCUAUAAGAAGCUGCUGGACGUGGCGCCGACACUGGAGGACUUCAUGGAGCUCUCGCCCACCGAGGCCAGGAGUCUACAACAACUUCUAGACUAUGAAGGAAGUGAUGUGGAGGAGACGUUUCUUCUCAAUUUCGCUAUCACGAGAGAGAACUACGGGUUGACAGAAGUGAAGGAGCUCGUCCCUGGAGGAGAGAGUGUCUGCGUGGACAAAAACAACAGGAAAGAGUUUGUGGAGGCCUACCUGCGCUACACGUUCUCAGACUCGGCGAGUGAGCAGUACUCGGCCUUCUCGUCAGGCUUCCUGAAGGUGUGCGGAGGGGAGAUCCUCUGUCUGUUCCAGCCCUCUGAGCUGAUGGCCAUGGUGGUCGGCAACAACAACUACAACUGGGAGGAGAUGGAGAAGAACGCCAGCUACAAAGGGGAGUAUUCAGCCACUCAUCCAACAGUCCAAUUGUUCUGGGAGGUCUUUCACGAGUUCCCUCUGGAGAAAAAGAAGCAGUUCUUAUUGUUCCUGACCGGCAGCGAUCGUAUUCCCAUCCACGGCAUGGAGAGCCUGCGUAUCGUCAUCCAGUCCACAACGGCAGAGGAGCACUACCUGCCGGUGGCCCACACCUGCUACAACCUGCUGGACAUGCCCCGCUACAAGACCAAAGACACCCUGCGCCGCCGCCUCACGCAGGCCGUGGAGCAGUACGAGGGCUUCAGCCUGGUCUGAUCAGCGGAGGAGAUCCUCAUAGGCACUUUUUCUUAGCAAUACGCCCGACCGCUCGCUCGCCUGCCUGCGUCUGUGUCAGCAGAGACUUUUGGGAGGAGAUUACGUCUCUUUCUGUGCUCUCACAAGAUUGUUACGCAUCUCAUAUCUUAAAAAGGUCUAUCGAUGUAAAUGCAGAGUAUUAUUGUUUUUAUUGCUUUGGGCAAAGUUUCUCAACCUUUCAGGACCGUUUGAUGAUUUUAAAGCUGAUUCAUUGAUUAAAAAGAACAUAAAUGUAGAUCAUGGUGAUGAUCAUAUGAGAGCUUCUAAUUACUGGGAUCAGGAGAAGUUUGGGACCUAAAAUUAAGGGCCGCAGAAAGUUGAGAAACUCUGGCUUUUAGUGUUAGUGUUUUUUUUUUUUCUUCUGUUCCCUUUUUUUUUCAUUGCAAAGUUGUGUAUUUUAUAUUCAACUCCUUAAAUACAAUUUUUCACCUUUAAAUAAUUAUGUUAUUACCUUGAGACAAUAUAAGCUUUUUGUUAUUUUUAAUUUAUUAAAUAGAGUUGUUAUUUUUUGACAAAAUAGAAAUGUAUACUUCUGUAAAUAGCACUUUGAAUAUAUAUAACCUUUGCCCUUGACGUUGGGAGGAGGGGUGCCUGCAGCGCCGAUCCUUUUAAAUCUGGACACCAGCACGUCCUCUCUGCCUGACUGUAAAAUACAAAAAAAAGACACAAGGAGUAUCAGAGCGAGCAGACGGGUGCAGGAUGAAAACAUUAAUAUUAUUUGCAAUCCGUCUUUUUUUUUGUUUUUCUUUUCUUUUGUUUGGCUGUGGAUCACAGAGCAGCUGACCUGCAUUCAACAGUGUUGCCUUCUACAUCAAAAACCCACAAACUGAACGGACGCAAGAAACUUUUUACCGCCUGAGUUUUUGUUGGAUGUCGUCUGUGUGCAUGUUGUUGAGUGAAAGCAAAAAAAUCCCUGACUGUCAUUUAAAUUUAAAUAUAAAAAAAUUAGAAUUAAAUACUUAUUAGUUUUAAUAUUGAAGUCGCAGAAAAGUAAUUAUUUAAUACCAAAUAAAACACAGUACGUGUAUAUUCAGCAGUGUGAGCACAUAUUACACCUGAUGCUCCAAGACUUGCCCUGUUACUCUUCUAUUUAUUCCUACAGUCAAACCUUUAAUCAAAAUGAUGUUUAAUUAGGUCGUGCAUUGGCGUGAAGUGUGUGUAAAUGCUCUUGCAUAUAUAUACAUAUAUAUAAAUAUAUAUAUAUAUAAACAUAUAUUUUUUAUAUAUUUCAUACAUGACUUGAUGUGUCCUGACUCACACGUCCGUUCAGCAAUAACAGCUCAGUAAUUCAGAGCUUGUUGAGUUUUUCCUCUGAAGGUCUGAAACACUUGACUCUCUCUGAGGCUCCACACUGCAUGUACACACACACACACACACACACACACAUACACACACUCAUGUACAGCCCAUAUCUGUCCUGAUAAAUAAAGCUGAUUUAUCCUGCAGACUUUAGUUCUAUGCAAAGGUUUGUGCAGCCCUCAACUUUUUUGCACCUUUUAAUGUGCUAUAAAAAAAAAAUGCAAUGAUUAUCUUUUUUUUUCUUUUUUGCAUAUUUGUCUGAAUUCUUCAUAUUGUUGAGUUCUCUGUUGCAGCCGACUUUUUAAAUUAAA